CGGCCCGGCUGGAAACCGGGCUAAGCAAAGCAAAAGGAGCCGGAUUCCUUCAGCCAGCGGGAAGUUGACGCACCAGCCUAAGAAUAGCGCGGGCAGGGGAAGCGUGGACAGUGUUGUCCUCGAAGCUGCUGAUGAAAUCGCAGCCGGGAGCGUUGGAGUCUUUGGACCUUCCCAUGUUCGGGACCUUUGACUCAUAAAAGGCUCCUUCAAAAAAGCGUCGGGAGCAGAAGAGGGAAAGGAAGAGGAGCCGGAGAAGGGAAGGAGGAGCUGCUGGAAGGAGCAGAGCCCCGUCCCGGAGCGUGGGGAGCAGCGGGGGGGACAGAGGAAGUCGCUGCAUGUGGAGUUUUCGGACAAAAUGCUCUCUCUGAAGAAAUACUUCACCGAGGGCCUCAUCCAGUUCACCAUCCUGCUGAGCCUCAUCGGCGUGCGUGUGGACGUGGACACCUACCUGAAUUCCCAGCUCCCACCUCUGCGGGAGAUCAUCCUGGGCCAGAGCUCAGCCUACACCCAGACCCAGUUCCACAACCUGCGCAACACCUUGGACGGAUAUGGCAUCCACCCAAAAAGCGUCGAGCUGGACUAUUACUUCACUGCCCGCCGCCUGCUCAGCCAGGUGAGGGCUCUGGACAGGUUCCAGGUGCCCAGCACCGAGGUCAGUGCCUGGUUGGUGCACAGAGAUCCCGAAGGAUCCGUGUCCGGAGGGCAGCCCGGAGCUGUGCAGGAUGGCAGCGCCGGCGACGGCGGCGUGAGGGAGAGCGGAGCUGAGCAGGGAUUUGGGGAAGAGCUGGAGGAUUUGGGAGCUGUGGCAGCGCCUGUCAAUGGAGAUCUCACCAAGGAGGACAUCGAUUUGAUUGACAUCCUGUGGAGACAGGAUAUUGAUCUCGGCGCUGGGCGAGAGAUUUUUGACUACAGCCACCGUCAGAAAGAGAGCGAAGUGGACAAAGAGCUGAGCGAUGGGAGGGAGCGCGGGGACAGCUGGAGGAGUGCAGGGAAUGAGGUCUUGGAUAGAAUCCCGCUAGUUGAUGGAGAGACCGGGGAGAGUUUCCCUGCGCAGGUGCCCGGUGCGGAGGAUCAGACAGCCCUGUCCCUGGAGGAGUGCCUUAGGCUGCUGGAGGCCACCUUCCCUUUUGGGGACAAUUCCGAGUUCCCAGCUGCGGAUGUCUCCGCCCUGAACGAAGCCGUGCCCGGGCAGAGCCGGGCCCCAGGCGGCCCCCCAAACCUGCUGUCCCCUCUCCUGGCCGAGACUGAGUCGCCCUUCGACCUGGAGCAGCAGUGGCAGGACCUGAUGUCCAUCAUGGAGAUGCAGGCCAUGGAGGUGAACAGCACGAGCGCCGAGAGCCUCUACGGCGGCACCGGCGGCGACCUCCUGGCGUCCAACUACAGCCUGGCCCCCGGCACGCCCAUCAACCAGAACGUCAGCCUGCAUCAGGCCUCGCUGGGCAGCUGCUCCCAGGACUUCUCCCUCUUCAGCUCGGACAUCGAGAGCCCCUCCUCCAUGGCGGGCGGCUCGGCCCUGCUGCAGCUGGCGCCCGACAACUCCACCGGCCUCAACAGCACCUUCGGCUCCACCAACCUGAGCGGGAUCUUCUUCCCGCCCCAGAUGAACAGCACGGGCAACGAGACGGCCGGGCCCGAGCUGCCCGACCCCCUGGGAGGGCUCCUGGACGAGGCCAUGCUGGAUGAGAUCAGCCUGAUGGACUUGGCCAUCGAGGAGGGCUUCAACCCCGUGCAGGCCUCGCAGCUGGAAGAGGAGUUCGAUUCCGACUCAGGUCUUUCCCUGGAUUCCGGCCACAGCCCCGCUUCCCUGAGCAGCUCCGAAGCCUCGUCCUCAUCGUCCUCUUCCUCUUCCUCCUCUUCCUCCUCCUCGUUUUCCGAGGAAGGCGCCGUGGGCUACAGCUCGGACUCGGAGAACGUGGACUUUGAGGAAGCGGAAGGGGCGGUUGGCUACCAGCCAGAGUACAGCAAGUUCUGCCGCAUGAGCUACCAGGACCCGGCUCAGCUCCAUUACCUGCCUUACCUGGAGCACGUUGGCCACAACCACACCUACAACAUGGCCCCGGGCGCCCUGGAUCCCGAGGAGCCCAAAGCGCCCGGCGCCGGCAAGAAGAGCGGCAAGGAGAAACCGUCGGAGCUGCUGGACAAACAGCUGAGCCGCGACGAGCACCGCGCCAGGGCCAUGAAGAUCCCCUUCACCAACGACAAGAUCAUCAACCUGCCCGUGGAGGAGUUCAACGAGCUCCUGUCCAAGUACCAGCUGAGCGAGGCCCAGCUCAGCCUCAUCCGCGACAUCCGCCGGCGCGGCAAGAACAAGAUGGCCGCCCAGAACUGCCGCAAGAGAAAACUGGACACCAUCCUCAACCUGGAGCGCGACGUGGAGGAGCUGCAACGCGACAAAUCCAAACUGCUCAGGGAGAAGGUGGAAUUCCUCAAAUCCAUCCGGCAGAUGAAGCAGAAAGUGCAGAGUUUGUACCAGGAGGUUUUCGGGCGGCUGAGGGACGAGCAGGGCCGGCCUUACUCGCCCAGCCGGUACGCGCUGCAGUACGGCAGCGACGGCAGCGUGCUGCUCAUCCCCCGCGCGCCCGCGCCCGCCGAGCCGCAGCCGCGGCGCCAGGAGCGCAAGCAGAAGGACAGGAGGAAGUGAAAAAGGCUGAAGGAGGAAAGGGAUGAGGGGAAACGAGGGGCCGAGCCUGGAAGUUUGCUUGCGGAGGGGAACUUUUGAUGCCUUCUUAUCCGAUUCUUGUCUUCUCGAACCGCACGCGGGCGCGAGCGAGCGCCGGGGACUCUGCUGCGGGAGUGGCCGUCCCAAAAG